AUGAGCAGAAGCCGGGUUUUGAGGAAUCCAAUCGCGUUCGUAUUGGGGGUGGUAUUGGUUUGCAGCCUUGUAAUACUAGCACUCACAAUGCUACGUCUUCCAGAUCCAACCACAACAGCCACCACUCAUCAUUCCCACAGUGAUAACAAGUUACUGAUCGGAAAGUUUGGGGAGAUGAUGAUCGAAAUGUUGCCGGAAGAUCUAGCUUUCACGGUCUUUCUCCCAUCGGAGAAAGCUUUCAAGCGGGACCUGAGGCUGGACCCGAGUGAUAGUUUUGUGGGGGAGAAGAUGAAUGAUACGUAUGCAGUGGUUUCUAGAGUGCUGGGGUUCUCCGCCGUGCCGCGGAGUAUUGAUUCCGAAACGGUGGCGUUUGGGAAGGAGAUUUCGUAUGAUUCGAUAUCGGGGUUUGUGCUGUACAUAACGAAGGAUGAAGAUGGAAGGCUGGUUGUCAAUGGGGUUCGAUCGGAGAGAGUUGAUCUGAGGAGGAAGGGGAGUCUUGUGCAUGUCAUGGAUGGGGUUCUGAUGGAUGCCGAGUUCCAGCAAUCGGUUCAGUAUGAUGGUGAAGAAGAUUGA